AUGAUUAAUGAGGUACACCUGACCAACACUAAAAUUGAAAGUUCUGUUACUUUUUUAUCGGCUCAGAAUGAAGCUCUUUUGAAUAAAGUCCAACAACUAGAAGUUGAUGCUAAAAAGGACCGAGAAUACAUAACGAUGUUGGAGAACAAGCUUGAGGAAAGUCAGAUGCUCAGUCGCAAGACAAAUAUUGAAAUUAAGAAUGUGCCGAAACAGGCCGGCGAGACAAAGGAUGUUUUGGUGGGGAUGCAAAAGAACAAGCUCACUGCAAAGCAUCUGGGACUACAUACUAAGGAGGACACCCCCAUAUUUGUAACAGAGCACCUUACACCCAAAGGCUCAAGAUUAUAUUUUCUAGCGCGUGAAUUGGUCAAAUCUAGAAGGUUCAAAUAUUGUUGGACAGCUUAUGGCAAGAUCUAUUUGAGGAAAGAUGAUACUUCGCCUAUUAUCUUAAUUAAGUCUGAAGCUCAAAUUCAAAAAUUAGGUCUGGAGUCGUGA